GUGCUAGCAGCCCUCGUGGGUUCCGCUUCAGCUGAUGAUUCGGCAAGCUGCAUUUCUCUCAAGGGUUCUGCAUUAUGUCCAGCUUUCCAGGCUGCUUCUAUAUCCACAAACCAGUCAUUAAUCGAUACAUUCUCAUUCUUAAAGUAUGUCUCCGAUUUAGAGACAUUCGACACGCAGCUCUCCAGCUUCGUCAAGACUACAUAUCUCCAAGACAAAUUCCAGUUGAAUUUUGGCUGCCACAAUAUUAAUUAUACAGACCCCAGCGACAUGUACGCGCGCUACACAACGACAGUCCUUUGCAGCUCCAUUGUUCAAGCGUCCGCGGCUGGCUGCGGCGUCUCUGCGAAAAACUCGGAGCCUCUCUGCGCCGAAACCUGCGCCGAAUAUGCUCAAAGCGAAGCUUACAUCACCGCCGACACAGCUCUUUGCGGCAGCCCUAGCAGCGACCUCAACAAAUUGAUUCGCGCCGACUUUACUGUCUGUUCCAACCCUGAACAGGCCCUCUCCAGCAGCUGCAUCGUCGGCUCGGACAAUGAGCCGGAUAACUGUGGAUUUGGUAACAGCACCGUUGGUCUAUGCUCAUACUGCGGCGCCGGAGGCAUCAAUUCCACAGAUACCUGCUGCUAUAGCUCCAAUGCCGAAAAGCGAUGUCAAGGGGUUAAGCUUCCUGAUAUUACCGUGACCUUUACAGCACCCGUGGCUACUGCUACACCGACGACUUCUUCGGCCCCGGUUUCCAGUGGUGGCAGCCAUCUCAGCGGCGGUGCUAUUGCGGGCAUUGUCAUCGGCUCUCUUGCGGGAGUCGUAAUUCUUGCUGCCCUCCUGUUCUUCUGCAUUAGAAUGAUGAGGCGCAGACCCGGCAGCAGCGGCCAGGCCGACAGCAUUUUCAACCAGCCUCAGCCUUCUCGUAAAGGACCGCCCAUGAGCCAAGGUAGCGCAGCACCCCCUCGAGGAUACGAAAUUCUUCCUGGCGGCCGUAUUGCACGCAUGUCCGCCUUGGAGGGACAUUCGGGCGAUUCGCCCUCCCGCCACGGUAGCUCUCCUUCUGCUCGUGCUGUUCCUUACGCCUCCAAGGCUUCUGAUAGGAUGUCUUCAUCUGAGUUUGGCGAUACUCCCGAACCCGAAACCCCAUAUACCGGACUUCGUGGGCCCCCCGCUACUUCGAGACGACAAGGCUCUUUAUCCAGCAACUCGAUGCUUGGAAGCGAUAUCGCCGGCAGCCCCAUUGGUUUUUCAUCUCCGAAUGCUCUGGCAAGCCAGCAGUCUGAACAGCUACCAUUCUUCAAGGAUUACUAUUCACAAGACGACAUUCACCCUCACGACAAAGUUGCGGUUUUAUGGGCCUACCAGCCAAGGGCCCCUGACGAGUUUGCCCUGGAGCGUGGAGAUAUGCUCAAAGUUGUGGGUAUCUGGGAUGACGGUUGGGCGACGGGUCUGAUAGUCAACGAGCGAGCGGAGGAAUGGGAGGCACGAAGGCAAGCGCAGAGGGACAGCGGCGUUUCAAAUACUUCUGGUGCAAGAGACAGCUCGCCACAGGGCCACGGCGAACUAAAGGCAUUCCCUCUAGUAUGCGUCUGCCUCCCAGAACAUUGGAGGAAGACAAUUGAAGGGGACGGCUCGGAUACAGGAGCAAGUGGUCAU